GCAGUUAAGGCCGGCAGAAAACUGAACGGCGGGAGCUAGCCAAGGCAAGGCCUUCAGUGCCAACCGCGAGACUACUCGCAAAAAGUGAGGAAGAAAGAGCAUCUCAGGAUGUUCUUCCGGGGCGUCCAGACAAUCUCCGUAAAGAAUAAAGCUGGUUGACUCCGGAAGCGUUUUUUCCCAGGCUAAGUCCUUCUUCCGGCCUGGGCUGCCGUUGCUGCGGAAGCCUCAAAGCCAUUUUUGCUAGUCGGUAAGUGAAAGUGACGGAGACAUGCCGGGGGUUGAGGCUGAAGGACGACGCUGCGUGGGAGUACACCCCGCUGUGGCCUCAGCUCUAGCCUGGCGCCGCACCCGCCUGGCCGGUCCGGCCGGGACUUCCGAAGGCUCGGCGUGGGAACCAUGGUCCUCAUUGGAGGGAGUUGGCAGGCAGGCGGUCUAGAUUCCCGUCAGCUCCUCCUGCUGUGUGGGCCGCUUUGCCCACUGGGUGAACACAGAAUCAGGAGGAAAAUAAUUCCCUGGGAGAGAAGGAGUCACGUUAGUCUCUGUUUUGGGCUCAACGGAGCUAAAGCACGAGUAGGGAAAUGGAGCUGGAAGCGUGAAUGUAAUAGAUAGGCAAAGGGGUGUUCCCGUGUAUUAUCUGUACAAUUUAACAAUUAAGGAGCUGGGUGUAUGAAAAACGGACCAAGAUCAAUCUAUAAAAGAUUGUCACCAUGGCUGCUGAGUCUGAGGUUCUACACUUCCAGUUUGAACAGCAAGGAGAUGUGGUCCUACAGAAAAUGAAUCUCUUGAGACAGCAGAAUUUAUUUUGUGAUGUAUCGAUUUAUAUUAACGAUACUGAAUUCCAGGGGCACAAGGUGAUUUUGGCUGCUUGCUCCACUUUUAUGAGAGAUCAGUUUUUACUCACACAGUCAAAACACAUCAGAAUUACCAUUCUGCAGAGUGCAGAAGUUGGCAGGAAGUUGCUGUUGUCCUGCUAUACUGGAGCACUUGAAGUAAAAAGAAAAGAGCUUUUGAAAUACUUGACUGCUGCCAGUUACCUUCAGAUGGUUCACAUUGUGGAAAAAUGCACAGAAGCUUUGUCAAAGUAUUUGGAAAUUGAUCUUUCUAUGAAAAAUAACCAACACACUGACUUGUGUCAAUCUUCAGAUACAGAUGUUAAGAAUGAAGAAGAAAAUUCUGAUAAAGACUGUGAGAUCAUUGAAAUUUCAGAAGAUAGUCCUGUAAACCUAGAUCCUCCUGUCAAAGAGGAGGAAGGCGAUGCAUUACAAUCUGCUGCAGAGACACUGACAUCAGAGCGACGGGGAGUGAAGUCACCAGAGCUCUCAACAGUAGAUGGUGGCUUUAAAGAGAAUGAAAUUUGUAUCCUUCAUGUGGAAUCCAUCCAUACAGAUGAUAUAGAAAACGGGCAGUUUCCACAGCCCUGUACCUCAUCCAACGCAGGCAUGUAUUUCCCUGAAACACAACAUUCAGUGAUCAAUUCUACAGUUGAGAACAGAGUGACAGAAGUUCCUGGAAAUACAAAUCAAGGGUUAUUUUCUGAGAAUUCUGACGGAAGUCAUGGUACAAUAAAUGAGAUUCAGAAUCUGGAUGAGAAUUUUUCCUUGAGGCACCAGUGCCCCCGGUGUCCCCGGGGCUUUCUUCAUGUAGAAAACUAUCUGCGCCACCUUAAGAUGCAUAAACUGUUUUUGUGUUUGCAGUGUGGGAAAACAUUUACACAGAAGAAAAAUCUUAACCGGCACAUUCGAGGACACAUGGGUAUACGGCCCUUUCAGUGUACUGUGUGUCUGAAAACCUUUACUGCCAAAAGCACACUUCAGGACCACUUGAACAUACACAGUGGUGACCGGCCAUAUAAAUGUCAUUGUUGUGAUAUGGAUUUCAAACACAAAUCUGCUCUCAAAAAGCACUUAACCUCUGUUCAUGGCAGGAGCAGUGGUGAAAAACUGUCUAGGCCUGAUCUCAAAUGCCAGAAUCUACUGUAAUCAAAUCAGUGACUUUUGAAGUGAAUGGAAUCACUUUGUUAGAUACAUCUGUUUAUAAAAAUGCAGCAUUUGUAGUGUAUCACCCCCUCCCCCCCAAUCUGAAUCAUUGAUUUUUGUUCUUUCGUGUUAUUCAUUCUGAACUUCUAAAAAUUCCAAAGUUGUGAAUGGUAUGAUUAAGUUUAUGAGAUUCUACGUUGUCUUAAAAACAUUGUGUUCUGUUCAGCAGUAAUUGCAGAUUCUGAUUUGUAGUUUUUAGAUAAGUGAUUUAAUGUUGAACUGUAUAGAACUUUAAUGAGGUAAAAUGGCAAAUAGAUUUGGAAGCAUAGUGUUGCACAUUGCUAUUAUAGGACUAGCAAUUUUCUUUUUAAAAUUUAACCAGUGUUCUUGAAUUAUAACCAGAACACCAAAAUACUGUCCUAAACUAAAGAAACACAAUUCAGAUUCACAUGGGACCAGCAGAAUGUUCAUAGAAUUGCAUUACUUAAAUGUCCAAAAGAAUAUGUAAUCAGACCCUUUUCCUGAUUAUGUAUAAUAUAAUUAGAUUAAGAACUCUUGUCAAUGCAAGUAUUUUCUUGGCAAAGAUUGGCAAGUUACUUUUCUUAAAUUUCCCUCUUUCAUCGAAGACAUUAUUGUACUGUUAGGGUUUUUUCUUUCAUUUGUUUUGGAUAAAAUGCACUAAAAUUGACCUCCUAUGUAGAAUUACAUUUCUAUGAAUUUAAUACGUAUCUUACUGUCUGCAAUUGGGACACAGAAUAGUUCCAUCACCUUUCAAAAUUCCCUUUGCUGCUUUUUUUGUAGUUCAACCCUUCUAACUCUAAUUUCUACUAAGACUUCUUCAUCAGUAUAAUUUGUUCUAAUCUGUGGUGAUAUAAAACUGGAAUCUUAUAUUCCCUUUGAUUUUUUAACUAAACAUAAUGCCGUUGAGCUUGAUUUAUGUCAUUACUUUUUUGUAUCUCUUAUUUUACUUUUGGCAUGAUUUGUGUAGCCCAAAGCUGGCCUCAAAUUUGCCUUGAUUCUUGAGCACUGAGAUUAUGUCUGGGCCAUUUUUUUGUUUUGAAUUGUUUAUGUAUGCAUUUUCUUUUCCAGCAGUCACCAGGUGAAUAGUUUAAUUUUCAAAAGUUAUUAGAAUUAGUUAUAAUGUCUCAUUUGUAUGAAUGCCUGUACAUUCAAAACUUUUGUCCUUAACGAUGAAGAGCAAAAUUUACUGCAGGGCAAAUCACCUUCCCUGACCAUAGGAAGAACUAACUCACUUUUGAGCUGUCCUAUUUCUAUACAUAACUCAGCUCUUUGUAGAGUUUCUACUAUAUUUAAGUUUCAUUGACUCUUUUCUGUAUUUUAACAUGUACGAUACUUUGUACUAUAUAAGAGUUUUGUGAAAAUCAUGUAGGUGUUAUAUAUAAUUUUUGUGAUACUUUUGUGGGAAUAAUGCUCUACAUAGAAUUUUUAACUCUGGGAGAGACUUUAAAAAAUUUAAGUCUCACAGUUACUUCAUAACCCAAGUCACUAAUUAAUGACAUUGAGCAGGUCACCUGUCCUUCAACUUUUCUUAAUUUUAUAUAAAAUAACUUUGAUUUUCAUAAUUUGUAGAAUUAUUUCUAAGUCUAAAUUUCUACAAAUUUAUAUUCUUCAUGUGAACAGAGUAGACAUUUAUGUCUUUACAAACAUUGCUAUUUGAAUACUCUCUUGGAAACAGAACUUUUUUAAGGUAAACAUUUUGUUCCACCGGAUAAUGGACUGAUUCAGUGGCUAAUUUCCUUUCCCACAUGACUUAAGAAUGGUCAGUUAUAGUUGUGAACAUAUUUCCCUCAGAGAAACAAUUUGUGACUGAAGUACUUCUCUUAUUUUUGCUUCCUGAAUUGAAUUUUGGAAGGGAGGGCUAGGAUUGGGUGGAGAGGGUAAACUAUAUAGUAAACAAUGGAUUUUUUUUUUUUUUUUAGAAAGUGGUGUCUACUAUAUUAGUGUUUGGAACAUUUUGAUUGAAGGUGUUUUAAAUUUUACUCGUGCCUUGUAAGAGUGUUGUAAAAUCAGUUUGUGAGCACUUUGAAAGUUUUGCUUGUGGGGAAGGUAUUUUAUAAAGUGGUUGUUAUUUAUAUUAUUUAUUUCCAUUUCAUGGACAGAUUGGUUUCAAAACAUUCCUAGGAGCUGGGCAAAGUGCACAUGCCUGUAAUUCCAGCACUUGGGAGAUAGAGGCAGGAGAUUCAGUUCAGGGCCAGCCUUCCUUAUGUAUAGUUAAGUUUGAGGCCAGCCUCAUAUACAUUGUUUUAGGAAAAAAACAACAAAAAAGUAAAACAAAAAAAAAUUCCUGGGAGAGUAUUAGUUUGCAUGACAUUUCUGAAAAAUUCAGCGAAGUAGAAUCUGUAAAGAUAAGCAGGUAUGACAAAGUAAAGGGUAGCAUUUAUUCAUUUUAGAUACUUUUAGCUGUUUGUUUAUAAUAUGACAGAAAAAGCAGUAUGUUUGGGUUGAACCUUGUACGUACUGCAUUGAUAUGUGUAAAAGAUCUUGAGAAGGUAUUGUUACUUUGUUGCAGAGAGAAUCCUUUGCUCUUUUCAUUGGAUGUAAGUAUGAAUUAAUGAUGAAACAGUAAACUGGAGGUGAGAAUGGA